UCAGUGCGCCGGGGGUUAAGUCAGGGCGGUGGGGACAAAUCCCUCCGGCAAGGCGAGGGGGAACGGGUUGUCGAGUACUUAACCCAGGUUGGUGGGGUAGUGGUCUGCGAGUCCCUUCGAGAAUAUUCAGAGGGGUCGGCGUGUCGUGAUGCCGAAGUAUUAUGAAGACAAGGAGGAGGACGGUUCACCGUGUUCGGGGGUGAAGGAAGACCUGAAGUCUUGUUUACUGGGACUCGACUGUGUGCUCAAGGAAGGAAAGACACCAAAGCAGUGCUUGAAAGAAGGACAUUGCAAAGCUUUGCAGCUUACUUUCUUUGAAUGUAAGAGGUCAAUGCUGGAUAACAGAACUCGUUUCAGAGGAAGAAAAGGAUAUUAGCAAUCCAGCUAUAAUGGAGCAAUGAUACAGAACUUGCAUAUGCUGCAGAAAUAAAAUAAUGACAGUACAUACACCUUAGAAAAUUGGUGUUGUAUCAAAUGUUUAUUGUGAGAAAUGAAGAGAUUUUUUUUUAAAUUUAAUUUUACUCAUGUGCAAUGUCUUGUUUGAUCCUUUUACCUUCUGAAAUCAUUUUGCAAUUAAAGAGAUUCUGUGGGCACCGGGUCAAGAUAAAGUUUCCAGAUAUUUUCACAUCAAUUUUGAGAAAUUAAUUUUAUUUAAGGAUACUAUUUACAAUACAAAGAUUUGUUUUGUUACAGAAUUUAACAAUUGGGGAAGUGUCUUUCAUUGUGUACAAGACACACUAAUGAAGUUCACAUUGAUGGUGUAAUUUAAUAAAAUAAUAGGCAUGUUAUGAAAAUAAGUAAAUAUAUCUCAAGUUUUGGUAAAAUACUAUUGCAAUCAACUUUUGUAUUCAUCACAGUCAAAACAAAGAAACAAGUUGUCAAUAUUUUUGUAAUUGGUUGUCUGGUGAACUGUAAUACACACAAAAUGCUGGAGAAACUCAGCAGGUCAGGUGGAACCUAUGGAAAGGAAUGAAGAGUUGAUGUUUCAGGCCGAGCCCCUUCUUUAGGACAGGACUGAACUGUAACUCUUCCUGUUGAAAGAUUUUAUGAAAGAAAGAUUGUUUGAUGUCCUUUCAAGUUUCUUUUAAUGCUUCAUAACCUGGUAAUUUCUUCAGAACCAUUUCUAGUAGCAAACACCUAGCAGCCAGUUAACACACCUGAAUCCCAACAAGACAACACAUGAGCAAAAUUAUUGAUCACUUGAAUUGUCUUAAAAUCAGUUUUGUUAAUAUGAACUAUGAGGUCCUUGGUUUAAAUGUUCAUCUUCUAAAGUACUAGCCUGCAGCGAAGUACUGGUAAUGCUGGAAAUCUGAAUGCAAACAAAAUGAUAGCAGUACUUAGCUGUUAUUUUAGGUAAAUGGCUUUUCAUCAGUUAAAAUUGAAUUAAUUUGAAAUUGUUGAUCUCAUUGUUUAAUCCAAUUGCUGUUAUGCACAGUGUCAGAAGUUUAGAUGUCGUACUUUUGAUUUGCUAGGAGUUUCAUUCAAGGGAUGUAAGGAGAGUAUGAAUGGGAUGGAGAAUUAACAUGCAAGGCAACUGGAAGCUUAGGUCACCCAAGUAGAUGCAGCAGAGGUGCUCCCCAACAUAAUGUAUCACACAGGACAACUAAAUACAAAAUUGGAAGAAGUAAAAGUUUUUUCUUCUUCUCCACCCUGGCCACUUUAUUAGGUAUAUGUGUACAACAGCUUGUUAAUACAAGUAUCUAAUCAGCCAAUCAUGUGGCAGUAACUCAAUACAUAAAAGCAUCCAAACAUGAUUAAGAGGUUCAAUUGUUCAGACCAAACAUCAGAAUGGGGAAGGGAUGUGAUUAAAGUGACUUUGACCAUGGAACUAUUGUUGUUUCCAGAUUGGAUGGCUUGAGUAUCUUAGAAGCUGCUGAUCUUCUGGGAUUUUCAUGCACAACAGUCUCUAGAGUUUGCAUAGAAUGGUACAAAAAGAAUAAACAUUUACUGAGUGGCAGUUCUGUGAGCAAAAAUGCCUUGUUAAUGAGUGAGGUCAGAGGAGAAUGGCCAGACUGGUUCAAGCUGACAGGAAGGUGACAGUAAUUCAACCACAGAUUACAACUGGUGGGCAGGAAAGCAUCUCUGAAUGUACAACAUGUUGAACCUUGAAGUGAAUGAGCUACAGUAGCAGAAGACCACACCAGGUUCCACUCCUCUAUCUAAUAAAGUGGCCGAGUCUACCAUAAGUCUUCUGAUUGUUGCUUACUUACAUGGAUGAAAUGUUUAGGGUUGCAGAGAUGGGAAGUGAGAGGGUAAAUGGCACGGUAUUGCAUCUGAAGUCACUGUGAGUAGGAGAGUGCAUGGUCCUGGGGAUGAAAGAUGAACCAAAGUAAUCUGGAGAAAAUAAUUCCUUCAGCAUAUUGCAAGAAUCUUCUAUUUAGCAUAUUUGCAGUGCCACAAAGCAAAAAGGAGUGUCCUUUAUACAGCACUUUGUCGCAACAAUGACUCUGAUAGUCAUUAAUAUCAAUGCUAUCAAGGGCAUAUAGAUUAGUGAGAGUGGGGUCAAGUAGAUUUAUCCCUUGUGUUGCUGCACUCACAACCUGACACAGUCUGACAGUUAGUGUCCUUGAGACUUUGUCAGUGGUAGUAUCACCUUGCCACUCUUGGUGGUGGGCAUAUCCCCUACAUGUGGCCUUGCUACUUCUAAUGCUUAUUACUAGUGUUCAACGUAGAGGUGCAUUCAUUCAUACGCUGAAGAAGAAUAGUAGGUGGCCCUUAGGAGAUUGUUUUAUCUAUUUUUGUCUGUUUUUACAUUAGUUGAUCAAGGAAUUUUAGAAAUGGUUAUUUUUAAAAGGCAUUUGAUUUAGUGUUCUAUUCCAAUUGAGGAGGGAGGAGAAGGUGGCAAUGCGAUGCAGCGUGUGCGGCCCUUCCGAAUGAUACCGUAUGUGUUAACUAGGGGGCCGUGCACAAUCCUGAUUUGAUGGAGACAGCCGUGAGAAGCAUGGAGGAACACCUGGAGAAACUUCUGAAAUGCCCGCUUUGCUGCCGCUGCUCCUGUGCGAUCGAGAAUCUCCGGAGGGGAAGGCCCCAAAUCCUCGGCUUUGCCUAUUGACUGUUGCUGGGGCCGGGGUCGAAGCGCUCCGUAGAGAUGGUGCUCGGUGUCGGAGAGUUGGUCAGAGGCUUGGAGAUUUCGGAUGGGCUCAGAGUCGGACUGUGGUUGGAUGCUGCAUCUGCAAGUUUGCGGCGCUGGAUGUUCACCGUCUGCGUGAGAUGAUGGGACUUCUGAGAGACUUUGAGACUUUUACUGUGCCCAUGGUCUGUUCUUAUCAAAUUAUGGUAUUGUUUUGCACUGUUGUAACUAUAUGUUAUAAUUAUGUGGUUUUUGUCAGUUUUUAAGUCGAUUUGUCAUGUGUUUCUGUGAUAUUCUGGAAAAACAUUGUAUCAUUUCUUAAUGCAUGCAUUACUAAAUGACAAUAAAAGAGGACUGUGUGUCCUCAUAAUC